ACGCCUUUGACUGAUUCACAACUUUCAAUUUGCCUUGCUCCUGUUACACAACAACAGACAACAACUCAUACACUGAAGUCUCACUCUACAACUCUUUCUUUCCUCAUUUGUUGGUCCGCUUUGCCAGGGGAAUCAAGUUCGCUUUCACCAUCACAUCCACAGGCCCAUUCAGUUCCCCUAUCCUUACAGAUCUUCCUCCGGCCACCCCACAGCCUUCUAGUACUCAUUGAACCGCUCUCGAUCUCUCUUGGACGGUCUUCUAUCCCUCUGUGCAAGACUCUUUGAGAUAAACCAUCAAGAUUCAGACGAAUUCCUAUAUCUCAUAUCUUGCAACGCAACGACCAUCACUGUAUAGUUGGGUUUCUAGUUUUUAAGUUCACCCUUGACUCUUUCACAUCCCGAACAUCGGUGACUCUUGUCUCAUACCCUUCCGCCGCCUCAAUUCAAUCCCACUGAGCACACUUCUCAGAGUCUACCCACGAUUUAUACGCCCUACCUCACAUAAUCAAUUACUUCUCGUAUCCUGUAACCUAGAAACUUCCUACAGCCGUAUUCCUUUGCGUCUGGGACGCUUCUGAAUCGACUUAUCAUUUUUUACAAACCAUUUAUUAAUACUUUCAUUCCCGACCCUUUAAUCCAUCUCGAGUUUAGGUAAUGUCCCUCAAGGCUGAAAUUGAAACUUGGACUGCGGCUCUCGAUUUCUAUGAUGCUCAAGACUUUGAUCAAGCCUUGGCCAAGUUUGAGGAUAUUGCCGAUUCCUCAAAAAUUCUAUUCAACAUUGGUCUCAUUUACGCUACUCUAGGCGAACAUGAGGUAGCUGUUGAAAAUUUUCACGCUGCUACCAAUCUCGACCAAUAUCUUGCUGUUGCGUAUUUUCAAUGCGGCGUCAGUAACUUCUUACUUGGACUAUAUGAGGAAGCUGUAAAGGACUUUGAAGACGCUCUUUUGUAUCUUCGGGGCAACUUGACCAUUGAUUAUGAUCAACUCGGUCUUAAGUUUCGGCUUUACUCCUGUGAGGUGCUCUUUAACAAGGGUCUGAGUACAAUCUACAUGGGCAACGAUGAGGAGGGCUUAGCAGAUAUGCAGGAAGCUCUACGAGAAAAGCAGACAGCUGAACAUGGUGUAAUUGACGAAGCGAUUGCCGAUCGGGGGGAUGGAUAUACAGUUUUUUCUAUUCCAGUUGGGGUUCUUUAUCGACCAGCCGCCAAUAAAGUCAAAAACUUGGCUUCGAAAAAUUAUUUGGGUCAAGCCAAACUUGUGGCCGCUACUGACGCUAGUGAAACGUUUGUGGGGUUCACCGGUGCAGCUCGAGCUGCAGCCAAGAAUGGUACCGAUCUCAUCACCUCCUCUGGACCUUCAGCAGAUGACUCUUCACCCGCAAUACAUCGUCGUGGUACUACUGCAGCUCGACUUGAAGGUACCUCUCGAGCUGGGGCUGUCACUGCCAACGAUCUGCGUCGUAGACCGAGUGACAACACCGCUGCCGUUACUCCUAAUCGACUACAGAGAAGCGCUACAUAUGGUACCGCUGCCAGAGCAAAGCUUCCUCCUAUGAUGGAAGAGGUUCCUCGGUCUUCUUCAAGGCAAAAUCCCGAACGCAAUAAUUCCAGGCGUCCUUCGGAGAGACCGUCUUAUGGAGACCUGCUAGAUGAUUACGACGAACCACCGAUCGAUCGUGGCAAGGCUGACCGGAUAGCUGACUGGGCGAAGAAUAACUCUGGAUCUGAUCGGGGAUCUCCUAGUACCUUUCAGCCUCCUAGUCGUAAAGCUUCUUUAAGACCUUCUGGAAACGGAGGCCAAUACGAGGAUGAGUACGCAAGCGGAGGAGACUACCCAGAAACAGUUUCCAGCUUUACUGCAAUGACCAAGAUCCGUGUCAAGCUUCAUCACGCUUCUGAUACACGUGGAAUGUCCAUAGAUCCUGAAAUGUCUUUACUGGCUUUCAUUACCAAGGUAUCCAAAAAGUUUUCACUGCCGUCAGAUGUUUCAAUGCGGUACCGCGAUGAAGAAGGCUCCAUGAUCACUAUCUUGGAUGAAGACGAUUGGGAAAGCGCUGUUGAUACAGCCAGAUCAUAUGCCAAAGGACGAGCAGAAGGCAAGAUUGAGGUUUGGGUUGAAGACACUUGAUCAGAAGAAACUUGAGCUCGAUUAUAAUUUACUCUUCGGCUUUUCUUGAGCGUCCUUUCUUCACAUACUGUCCCUGCAAGACCCUUUUGCGUCGGGUUACACCAUGUCCAUUCGGUCUUUAUCACUUGCUGGGUUUCGGACGUUUUUUCAUCACAGCUCAUUGUCCUAUACCUCCCUCUUUGCUCUUCGAUAUAUGUGUGUUUGUGUGUACCUUCAUUUCUUUGACAGAAUCCCAUUACGUCACUUUCGUAUGUGUGUCAAACACGAUUUCUUUCCUCUCUGAAAUCCUCGCAUUGUUCAAUAGGUUCGAUUUUGAUGUGAUCACAUCACUAACUAAUGCUCUCGCCCUCUAUAUUUGUGUUUGGAGGUUUUUUACUUUUUUUUUUGCAAUGUCUUUUACCGUAGCAGAGAUUUUUCUGAGCUGUAUAUAAGCCACUCUUGGAGCUCACUGAGACUAUUUUUGAAACUUUUAAUACAAAUGAACCUUUGGUUUUCCUUUUUUUAAUUACUUUCUGAAGCCUCAUUGAAAACGAAAAUACAUUGAUUAAGAUGGGUUUGCUU